AUGGGUCAAUUCUCUAGUUUAGGACCAACAGGGGUUUGGAAAAUGAACCCAAGUGCUAAAGGUAUUGGUAUAUCAUGUAUAUCUAUGGCUCUAAUAUCCUUAGUAGUUGCAAUCUACUAUAAUGUGAUCAUGGCCUAUACACUGAUCUACUUCUUCUCCUCCAUGCAGAAAACUCUACCCUGGACUGUUUGUGAAGAUGAAUGGUUACCAUUAGGAUGUGUGGAGCAGUCGACACAGAGAUUAGACUAUUGCUCUAUGAACAUUACACAAUUAUUGACUGAUAACAAAGCGUGUAGAUGUUUUUUGAACGGUACAGAUUCUAUAUUGUCUGACCAGGGAUUUAACGGUACUAAUGUCACAUACCAAGGAGAUGUCCCAGUACCUGUAGCACAGCUGUAUUUUGAUAAAACUGUAAUGAACAAGGCUGAUGAUUUCUACCCAGACACAGGAAAUCCACAAUGGAAGUUAGCACUCUGUCUGCUGUUGUCGUGGAUUGUUGUUGUUCUCUGUUUAGUAAGGGGAAUUAAGUCAUCUGGAAAAGUAAUUGUAUAUUUCACAGCCACAUUCCCAUAUGUUAUCUUGUUGAUUUUGUUGAUCCGAGGAGCUACACUUGAUGGUGCUAUUGAUGGAGUAAAAUAUUUUUUGAUACCUGAAUGGUCCAAACUAGCAGAUCUAAAGGUAUGGGUUGCUGCAGCAGGACAGAUGUUUUUCUCUCUCAGUGUAUCGUUUGGUGGAAUUAUAAUGUUUGGAAGUUACAACAAAUUCAGCAACAAUGUAUACGGUGAUGCCUUGUUAAUCGCUGUAAUGGAUCUGGUUACCAGUAUAAUAGCAGGUUUUGUCAUCUUUACAACAUUUGGAGGAUUAGCUAAGAAAACAGGACGACUUCAAGUCUCAGAAGUUGCCAGGGGAGGUUAUGGAUUAGCCUUUGUAGCCUACCCUGAGGCAUUGUCUAACCUACCUCUACCUCAAUUAUGGUCUGUUUUGUUUUUCUUCAUGUUGUUUACACUUGGACUUGACAGUGAGUUUGCUUUAUUGGAGACAGUUUUGACAUGUAUACAGGAUGAGUUCCCAAAACUUAGAAAAUAUAAGAGUCACAUGUGUAUUGGAUUGGGAGUGAUAUGUUUCUUUAUGGCUUUACCAUGUAUAACACCAACAGGAGAUUAUAUAGCAGGAUUGAUGGACAGUUAUGGCGCUGAUUUCUCUGUAUUGUGUGUAGCCACAUGUGAAUGUGUAUUCGUACUAUGGGUUUAUGGUGAGUAA